AUGGCCAAGCUACUCGGGACACCUCCCCUGAUCAACAUCACCCCCCUCACAGAAAUCCUCGAGGUGCCGAUUCACAUCAACAAUCCGAUUCAUCCCAACUCUGCCAACAAACAUAAACGCCUGGGUCUCAAGAUACUGAACGAAUUGAGUCGGAUCGAAAUGUUUGUCACCAGGAUAGAGACCGUUGGAAAACAAGAGGAGAUCCUUGCAGAGUUGGAGAAGACAGUGUCACAUCUGGAACAAACGUUGUAUACAUUCGAGCUUGAGAAUGGCAAGGCGGAUCGACUCGAGAACACGACAGGACAGACUCUGCUCCGGCGAUACAUGGACAGGACAGGAUUGGCAGCAAUGUUUCCCAAGGCCUCGGAGCAUUUGGGUGUAGAUCCUGUCAUGACAUCUAGCAGCUUCAUGGAAGCCCAUCUUCGUCAAAUGUCGAGUAUCAACCAGCUGGUGUCGAUUGCUAUCCAACUCCAAAACGAUAUCCGCCUCACCAACCACAAGUUCAUUGCCCAUCAAAUAGCAUUGCUCUACCAAUGCAUCAAUCAAGCGGGGACAAAGUACACCGGGUUCAAGGGACGUGUGGAGGAGCACUUUGGAACGGUCAAGGAUCUGUGCAAUGCGUCAGACGAACCACUUUUGACGCCUGAACUCCAGACAUGGUUGAAUGAGUUGACGGUUGAUAUUGUGGCAGAGGCGCUAUUCAGUGGCAGACCGAUGGCCCAGCAGACGCCGAGUGCAGGACCGCUAUCGGACUACAUCAACCAUGUUUCGAACAACGACGGGAGCGACGAUCAACAGUAG